AUGUCCACUACCACUCAGCCCCCAGUGCAGUACGUCCGCCUCGGCAACUCUGGCCUGCGGGUCUCCCUCCCCAUCGUGGGGUGCAUGUCCUUCGGCAGCUCGCAGUGGAGCGAUUGGGUCCUUGAUGAGGACAAGGCUCUGCCCCUGCUCAAGGCUGCUUGGGACCGUGGCGUCACGACGCUUGACACAGCGAAUGUGUACUCUAAUGGAGAGAGCGAAAAGAUCAUUGCCAAGUUCAUCAAGACGUACAAUAUCCCUCGCUCCAAGCUGGUCAUCCUGACCAAGUGUUACGGGAUCGUCGCCGAGGGCCAGCCUGGAUUUUUCACCGCUACGAAGCAGUACCUGCGUGACACACGCGAGUUUGUGAACCAAGCUGGUCUAUCCCGUGCAGCGAUCUUCAACGCUGUUGAAGCCUGUCUGCGCCGCCUGGAGACGGACUACAUUGAUCUGUACCAGAUCCACCGGUAUGAUCCGAACACGCCUGCGGAGGAGACGAUGUGUGCUCUGAAUGACCUCGUGCGAUCGGGCAAGGUGCGCUAUAUUGGUGCGAGCAGCAUGUACGCGUGGCAGUUCGCAGAGUACAACCAUGUGGCGGAGAAGAACGGGUGGACUCAAUUCGUGAGCAUGCAGAACCACUACUCGCUCCUGUAUCGGGAGGAGGAGAGGGAGAUGAUCCCGUACUGCAAGGCUAAGGGCAUUGGUCUGAUCCCCUGGGCGCCGCUCGCUGAGGGCAACCUGGCGAGGCCUGUGGCGAAGGAAGCACAUGAUGCGGAGAAGACGAGCCGUACGGACACGGCUGUGUUCAAGAAGUCUGUGACGGAGACGGACAAGCGUAUCAUCGCCCGUGUUGAGGAGCUCGCCAAGAAGUACAACGUCAAGAUGGCACAGAUUGCGAUCGCCUGGAUCAAUACAAAGGUGUCGUCCCCGAUCAUCGGAAUGAGCUCGCCCUCCAGGCUCGAGGACGCUAUUCCGGUGACGACGUUCAAGCUGACGAGCGAGGAUAUUAAGUACCUGGAAGAGCUGUACACACCUGUGGCCAUCCAGGGCCAUGCGUGA